GCCCGAGGAGGAGCCCGAGCAUCCCGGCGCCGGAGGCAGCCGGAGAGCGGGCGGCGAGGCUUCAUGGGCUGCCCACGCCAACAUGGUGCUCGCCCUCAACGGGAGCCACCUCUCCGGUAACCUCCGGCCGCUGGCGCUGGAGGAGCCGCGGGCGCUGGGCGGCGGCAGGAUGAUCGCCGGCUCCUGGCCCCCGCGCAGCCUGGCGAGGCUCGGCCCGUCCCCCCCCCCCCCCCCCCCCCCCCCCCCCCCCCCCCUCCCCGCCAACGACUCGCAGUGCGGGGAGCAGAUCCUCAGCUACGGCAGCGCGGAGAAAGUUCUCAUCGGGGCCGUGCUCUGCCUCAUCACCCUGCUGACCAUCGCCGGCAACUGCCUGGUGGUGAUCUCCGUCUGCUUCGUGAAGAAGCUGCGGCAGCCCUCCAACUACCUGAUCGUCUCGCUGGCCCUGGCCGAUCUCUCGGUGGCCCUGGCCGUCAUGCCCUUCGUCAGCGUCACCGACCUUAUCGGCGGCGAGUGGAUCCCCCGCCGCCUCUUCUGCAACGUCUUCAUCGCCAUGGAUGUCAUGUGCUGCACGGCCUCCAUCAUGACCCUGUGUGUGAUAAGUAUCGACAGGUACCUGGGAAUAACCAGACCUCUCACCUACCCUGUAAGGCAGAAUGGGAAGUGUAUGGCCAAGAUGAUCCUGUGUGUCUGGCUUUUAUCUGCCUCUAUCACCAUUCCCCCGCUCUUCGGCUGGGCCCAGAACGUAAACGAUGAAAAGGUUUGUCUCAUCAGUCAAGACUUUGGCUACACCAUUUACUCCACAGCAGUUGCGUUUUAUAUUCCAAUGUCAGUGAUGCUUUUCAUGUACUAUCAGAUUUAUAAAGCUGCCAGGAGGAGUGCUGCUAAACACAAGUUUACUGGUUUUCCCCGUCUGGAAGAAAUAGAAGGGAUCUCUGUGAAUGGACUUGUAAAACUGCACAAGGAAUCUGAAGAAUGUACUAACUUUUCACGACUCCUAAAGCACGACAAGAAGAACAUUUCCAUCUUUAAAAGAGAACAGAAAGCUGCCACCACCCUUGGGAUUAUUGUUGGGGCUUUCACAGUCUGCUGGCUGCCCUUUUUCCUCCUCUCCACUGCAAGGCCCUUCAUCUGUGGUACAGCAUGCAGCUGCAUCCCGCUGUGGGUGGAGAGGACCUUUCUGUGGCUGGGCUAUGCAAACUCUCUCAUUAACCCUUUUAUUUAUGCCUUCUUCAACCGGGACCUGAGGACAACCUACCGCAACCUGCUGCAGUGCAGAUACAGGAACAUCAACCGCAAGCUCUCAGCCGCAGGCAUGCACGAGGCUCUGAAGCUUGCAGAAAAGCCAGAGUUUGUUCUGAGAAGUCCUGAUUUCUCCAGGGAAAAAGAGUCAUGACCAAAUGUGCUUCAAAGCAGCCAGAAAAAGUCAAGCCAGAACAGGAAGAGGAAAAAUGAAGAGUUGGCUUCUGAAGAAGUGGAUAGAUUUAUGAAAUGUACUUCAUCUUCCUUUGAUGGGAAUGUGCUAAAAAUAUUCCAUGAGCUCAAUACAUUACAUUAAAUAUAUUUCUAUUGGAAAUACUCACAUCUUGUUUGUUAUAGAGGAAUAUGCUGUUACAUACAAAUGAAAGUUUUCUGCCUGAGAAAGCCAAAUUAUUUCAGCAAUAAGUUUGUGGGGUGGGGAGAAUGCCACUAAAACUCAAAGAUCAAGCAUUGUACAGGUUUCCAGCACAUUGAACUAUGUAGAAGAACAUUUGUAUGUUUACCAUGCUCGUGGAUCCUGACACUGGUAUUCAUAUUCAGGGAUUGUCAGUGAUACUGAAUGUAUUUUGCUGUACUAAAAAAAAAAACAAAAAAGGUUUUCAGGCAAAUGCUGUCUCUGUGGAUGCUUUCAGAGCUUGUGU